CCGGCCAGUGCCUCUGCUUCCGGCUCGAAUUGCUCUCUGUCUCUCACGCCUGCCUUCAACAUGUCCGAGACUGCGCCUGCCGCGCCCGCAGCUCCGGCCCCUGCCGAGAAAACACCCGUGAAGAAGAAGGCCCGCAAGUCCGCAGGUGCGGCUAAGCGCAAAGCGUCUGGGCCCCCAGUGUCCGAGCUCAUUACUAAGGCUGUUGCCGCCUCCAAGGAGCGCAGCGGUGUAUCUUUGGCCGCUCUCAAGAAAGCGCUGGCAGCCGCUGGCUAUGACGUGGAGAAGAACAACAGCCGCAUCAAGUUGGGUCUCAAGAGCCUGGUGAGCAAGGGCACUCUGGUGCAGACCAAGGGCACCGGCGCAUCGGGUUCUUUCAAACUCAAUAAAAAGGCGGCCUCUGGGGAAGCCAAGCCUAAAGCUAAAAAGGGAGGCGCGGCCAAAGCCAAGAAGCCCACAGGAGCGGCGAAGAAGCCCAAGAAGGCGACGGGGGCAGCCACCCCUAAGAAGAGCGCCAAGAAGACCCCAAAGAAGGCGAAGAAGCCGGCUGCGGCUGCUGGAGCCAAAAAAGCGAAAAGCCCGAAAAAGGCUAAAGCAGCCAAGCCAAAAAAGGCGCCCAAGAGCCCAGCGAAGGCCAAAGCAGUGAAACCCAAGGCGGCUAAACCAAAGACCGCCAAGCCCAAGGCAGCCAAGCCAAAGAAGGCGGCAGCCAAGAAAAAGUAGGAAGUUCCUUUGGCCAACUGCUUAGAAGCUCAACACAACCCAAAGGCUCUUUUCAGAGCCACCCACCGCUUUCAGUAAAAGAGCUGUUACACUAUCAGGGGGAGUGGCUGGGAAUAAGACGCCGCUAAGUAGGGGCGGGUCUCCCGGGAACAAAGUCGGGAGGGAGGAAGAGCUGUUUUUGACCAGGGGGUCGUUUCGCGUUCCGUUGGCCAAGCAGGAGUGCAGCCAUGUCAUUGAGCUUUUAUUGCGUUCUCGAAAGCUGGAGUUAAACCCACUUCGACCGCCCUAGUACUUAACACUUACUUAGCAGGACCUGCCUGCAAAUAUCAUGGGAAAAAAGUCGGGAUUUUCCCGGGCUUCUAGGCUGGGACGUACGAGUUCCGAAUAGAGAACUAUCAAUUUCCGUGCUGGUUCCCUACCGAGUAUGGCAGGCAAUGAAGGAGUGCAGAGGAGUAUGUCUCAAGACACAGGUAGCAUAGUGCACUAUUUCAACCACUGCCACAACUAAAAAUUAGAAAUUGACACUGCAGAAAAUACUUGGUCCUCAAAUGUAGCAUUUGCAUAGAUGAAGGACUUCCCAAACGCAAAACUGCCAGACUUCCAGGGAUAUCCCAAUUACCAUGGCUUAUGUAUGCAACGAGUCCUAUAAUUUGUUAGAGGAAGAAAACAGAGAAUGUGAGCUCUCCUAAUCUGAAGUAUCUUUCAGUGUAAGUUCUGACACC